CGCGUUGCAGCAAUUACCGGCCGUUUCUUGUUCCUCUUCACCUUCCUUCCAUCUAAAAACCUAGGUUAAAGCGACGGCGAAUCGCUGUCCGCCUUGGCAGGGUUCUUGAAUCGCCUGUCUUGGCCCUACAUCUUCUUGUAAAACUUAGGCUUUAGGGGUUGAGAGGUUUAGGGUUUGUGAUUUUCCAUUUUUGAUACCGUAGUUGAUCUAGUCGAGACUCAGGAGCUCAGAAUCUGCACCAAUGGCACCAAAGCAUACCAAGGCCGAGAAGAAGAUCGCUUACGAUGAGAAGCUGUGUCAGUUUCUCGAUGAAUACACUCAGAUCUUGAUCGCAGUGGCGGACAAUGUCGGCAGCAACCAGCUCCAGAGCAUCAGGAAGGGGCUCAGGGGAGAUUCCGUCGUGUUGAUGGGUAAGAACACCAUGAUCAAGCGUAGCAUUCGUGUUCACGCCGAGAAGACUGGGAACUCUGCCAUUCUCAACCUCAUUCCUCUCUUGGUUGGAAAUGUUGGUUUGAUCUUCACCAAGGGUGAUUUGAAAGAAGUGAGUGAGGAGGUUGCAAAAUACAAGGUUGGAGCUCCUGCUCGUGUCGGUCUUGUUGCCCCAGUUGAUGUUGUUGUCCCACCAGGGAACACUGGUCUUGACCCAUCUCAAACAUCUUUCUUCCAAGUUCUAAACAUCCCCACUAAGAUUAACAAGGGUACUGUUGAAAUUAUUACACCUGUGGAACUCAUCAAGAAGGGUGACAAAGUCCAAUCAUCUGAAGCUGCCCUUUUGGCAAAACUUGGGAUUAGGCCAUUUUCCUAUGGUCUUGUGGUGGUGUCUAUUUAUGAUAAUGGCUCUGUCUUUGCCCCCAGCGUCCUUGAUUUGACUGAAGAUGAUCUGCUUGAAAAGUUUGCAUUGGGAGUGUCAAUGGUGACUUCACUCUCACUGGCCAUCUCUUACCCGACACUGGCUGCUGCUCCACAUAUCCUCAUCAAUGCAUACAAUAAUGUUCUUUCUGUUGCUGUUGAGACAGAGUACACUUUUGCCUUGGCUGAUAAAGUGAAGGAGUACCUUGCGGUAAGUACACAUCCUGUUUUUAGAGAAGCAAUUUUUUUCCGUAUUGACCCUUCAAAGUUUGCUGUUGCUGCUGCUCCUGUUGGUGCCGCAGAUGCGGGUUCUGCUCCUGCACCUGCUGCCGAGGAGAAGAAGGAAGAGCCAGAGGAAGAGUCUGAUGAGGAUAUGGGUCUUGAUCUCUUUGGUUAAGCUUUGAGCUCUUACUGUGUUUGUUUUUGGCUCUAUUAUCUUUAUGUGUUAUGCCCGAGAUUGUCUUUUGUUUCUGUCCCAGUUUUGUUUUUCAAGUAUUGUUGAGAUUAUGAUUUUGUCAUAUUAAAAGUUUGGGUAUUUGACUUUGAGUUUUAUGUGCAUACUAUAAUUUGUCAUUUUCAACUGCUAUAAAUUGGGUUUUGUUUG